CAUUACAGAUUGGUCCAUCUGAGCAAGGACAUUAUUAAGUGGAAAUAUUCAGUUGUAAGGGCAAAAGAUGCAAGAAUUGUGUUUAACCAUAUGUCAUAGAUAUCAAAUCGAUAAUGAGGGGUAUUAAAUUGGUUGAUAUUCACAGUCAUGAUGGCCGAGUGUGGACCUAGCGGCUCAGCAGGCGUGUGGCAUUAUUAUGCGGCUGUAGGCAACAGAGGGGCCAAGUUGACAACCUUAGUGGAGCUCCUUCAAGCGCUUCCGGCCGCAUGCAGGCGACCGCUGGCCAUAUGCUGCAGCGCCAGGGACAGCCUGGACAACCUGGUGUAUUGGCUGCUGCGGAGCCGGUCCUUCGCCGUCACUGCAAUUCACAGCGAUCUGACGGAUAAGGAGAGGGAACUGGCACUGGCGAGCUUCAAGCGCGGGCUGGCUGUCGGAACGGCGGGGAACUUGGGGGUCGGUGGUGUGGCAGCGGCCGAGUUAGCUGGGGGGCGUUUGGACCGGUACGACGCAGGGGGUAGCGGUGGCGGCCGGGAGCGCGCCGGCCUCGUGGAUGGCGCGGGAUCAAGCAGCGGUGGCGGCUGGGCAGGACCCGGACCGGGACCGGGGCUCGGGCCUGGCCAACAGGGGCCCCCGGGGGAGGCCCUGGUGAGCGUGCUGGCGGUGACGGACGUGUGUCUCAAGGCGCUGCCUAAGGAGCUCCUUCCCCUGGGGGUCAGCCUGCUGGUGGAGUUUGACCUGCCUCCAUCAAAGGAGGUUUACUCGCGGCGUGUGUCGGCCCUGUUCGGGAGCGGCAAGGACCGGCGGUCGCAGCGGUGCGUGGUGAUCGACAUGGUGGAGGCGGGGGCCAUUGGGGCGUUCCGAACCCUGGAGGGCUUCGCAGCCAGCCCGGUGAUGGAGAUGCCCGUGCGAGUGGAGGACAUGUUUGUGCAGCAGUAAUCCGGGACUGACUGACUGGGGAGCAGGAGCCUUGAGAAACAGACACACAGAGACGGAUAGAUGCGAGGGCAAAGGGGUUCGGAACUGCGGAUAGCUCCGUGCCGGUGCUGAUUGCGGAUCGACGAACAUGCAGCCGGCGCGCAGACGAUGUACUAAUGUGUGGCCAAGGUAUUGGGCAGGAAGGGUAGGAAGGGUUGGAUGGCGGGUGUGCACGAUUGGACUGCGAUCAACUGUAAGAGAAAGAAGUCUUAGGGACCAGGUCGAUAUUCCUUAAUAAUUUGUUUAACCCACCAACAGUCGAACAGUGUUCAAUCAGUGCUGCGGAGGGGUCUUGGAAUGGAUGGCAGUAGGAGAUAUGUAGAGACCGGCGCUGUAAUAAGUGCUUUC